CAUAACAUUGUCUGUCUAGAAUGAUGGUUUAGAAUAGAGGCAAAAAGGAUAGGGACACAAUCACUAUCACCCAGCGUAUCGCGUAUUCUAGUUUGGGUCUUCCUUCCCUUCCCUCCCCCUUUUUCCAAGCAUAAUUUUAACACGCUUACACCUUACGCCUUACGCCUUACGCCUUUGCCCGCACGUUGUUUUGUGUUCUGUUUUUCUCAAUAAAUUCCUUAUUCCUACAAAACCAUUCCUUUUUUAUAACCCCCCAAAAUUAAAGAAAGAUCAAACCGACCCUUUGCAAUUCCAAGACACAAGAACCAAGACACAUACCACGAUGGCAACAACGACGGAGAACCAAGCCAUGGUUGUUGGAAUCGACGACAGCGAGCACAGUACGUACGCGCUGCAGUGGAUCCUCGAUCACUUCUUUGCUCCUUUCGCUUCCAAUCCUCCUUUCAAGCUCGUCAUCGUUCAUGCCAAGCCUUCUGCUUCUUCUGCUGUUGGUCUCGCCGGACCUGGAGCUGCUGAUGUAUUGCCCUAUGUGGAUGCGGAUUUGAGGAAGAUCGCUGCCAGGGUUGUUGAGAAAGCCAAGGAACUCUGCCUUAGCAAAUCGGUACAUGAUGCCGUAGUUGAAGUGGGGGAAGGUGAUGCAAGGAAUGUUCUCUGUGACGCUGUAGAAAAACACCAUGCCUCCAUUCUCGCUGUUGGUAGCCAUGGUUAUGGAGCUAUAAAGAGGGCUGUUCUUGGCAGUGUGAGUGAUUAUUGUUCUCACCAUGCUCAUUGCUCUGUGAUGAUCGUGAAGAGGCCGAAGAUCAAACAUUAAUCUCUGCAAUAAAAUUGAACAAACAACUGGGGUUGCUGCAUAUUUUUAGUCGCCUAAUAACACCAUGGUGUUGCACACUGGGACUGUAAUACCAAUCAUGCUGAAUAUUAGAUAUUGGUGUAAAUAAGCAGAAUUUACACGAUUCUUAUGUCUUAAUGUUUUUUAAUUAGCUUGUACAAGUGUUACUGGAAUAUUCUAUACUUAAAUCUAUCAUGCGAGUGUUGAAAUA